AUGGAGGUCCUGCGGAAACCGGCCUCCUCGGAAGAGACCUACCAGUUUCCCUGUGUAACGCGAUGCCAAUCCCGCACACCUGCAACGCAUGAUAUCCCGCUCAAGCCCCCUCGAGACUCCAGCUCUGACGUCCGGCAAUUAAACGAGAAAGAAGAGGCAGACAUCAAGCACCCCACCACCUGGUCAGAGCUGCCAGAAAACAUCGUACGCCAGAUUGUCGUGGCUGUCUUGGAGAACUACGGUGAUGAGGUAGCUUAUGGGUACGAUGCCGCAGAAGAGCAGUGGCAGCCUGUCGAAUCAGCAAAAUUUGAGCGGUUUGCCGUUUGGAGAGACAUUGCCCACAUGGCUCGGACCUGCAAACGAUUUUCUGAGCUCAUCACGCCCGCUCUGUUCGACUACGACAUCGCAAGGAACUACGCAUCUUCCCUGCUGCUGUCUGCCAAAAAGGGAAACUACUUUGGGAUAGCCAAGUCUUUGAGAUACGGUGCCGAUGCAAACAUGAAGGACCACACGGAGUUCACUAUCGAUCAUACACCCUACGAAGAGACUUAUCAGCAGACCUCUCGAUGCCCGCUCAAGACGGACCUGACAGCUCUCCACUGGGCAGCAUUCAACCGAGACGAAAAGUCACUAGCGUUGCUUCUACAGCAUGGCGCUGAUGUUGGCUUAAGGACAGAUGUUUGGGCAUACCAUCCUGGCACCACGAUUGGUGACAAGUUCGCUUGUCAGGCAUUCAAUCUCGCCUAUCUUAGCUUUGCACCAACACUGAAGGCGAUACCCAGCUCUGAAUACUCCCUGGGUGUGCUAUCAGAACGUCUCAGAUUAGGCGCGAACGCGCUAUACUUUGCCUUUGCCUUCGCAGCCGAUGAUCAAGAAGGAUCCUACACACGCACGGUGGCAUCUGUGCCCGUUCGGGAGGUGAUGGAUCUGCUCAUCGCAGCCGGUGCAUCUCUCACAACACACGAAAGCACUCAGCUCAAUGCGCUGCAUCAAGCAUGCGCCAACUGGGACGCUGCGGCUGUUUCGCUUCUUCUAACUACGUACAAGGUGGACCCAAAUGUUCGAGACGCCUUUAGGAACACACCUCUUCACCACUUUGCGGCAAGCCGUCUUAGAGAUCGCUGUGACCCUGAACUCGUCAUCGAGGUUCUCAUCGAUCACGGUGCAGAUCUUAGGGCGCUGAAUGCUGGCGGCAUGACGCCAAUAGAUCUGGCAAAGAGAUACCGUCAAAAUGAUAGCGUGAUUGCAGCUAUGCGACACGCAAGUAUCAAGCAGCUGCCAGAAUCCGUACAUGAACACCUACGUAUGGCAGGAGCCAUUGCUGGGGGCCAUCAGCGACAUUCUGGUUUAGCCGUUCCCGCUAUGAACCUUGGAGCUUUUCAUGGCGAUGAAAUAGAAGACGCAGUUUGCAAUGUCAGCUCGACAAGAAAGAGGGAGGAGUCAAUUAAUAAAUGGCUUCAUCUUCUGUACAUAGCCUGGUUGUAUGAGGAAGAUGAUGAAGAGGAGUUCGAUAUCAAUGUUUUGGCGCGCGACUCGGAAGGAUGGACGCCCGAUGAAUGGAGUACGUACUGGGCACAGUGUUGA